CAGUACGCUGACGUCACUUCCCGCGCGCGCGAGAUCGCGCUUCUGCUACUGACAACAAAUGACAUCUUAAAGUCUGAAAGACACCCGCGGUUUGAUGAAAUCUUAAGAGUAAAACUCACCUGUGCUCGACGCGGACCGUGUCCCCAGCUGGGGACUGAAUGUAGAGUCUUGCACGGACGUUGAGGACCAGUUAUGGUCUGUUGUUGACAUCCAUGGUUAGCACGGAUGUGUCCCCAGCUCCCGCUCGCGCUGCUGUUUUCGCGGAAGUUGUCCUCGUCUGGUAUGCAUUCAAACCUUUAGUUCGCUCCGGCUCGGCGUUCGAAGCCGGACCUCGGUCGGUCGCCGGUGAGUCGGUGCGAUGAAGCUGCAGUGUGAUGUCGAGGUGGUGAAUCGGAUGCUGCCCACGUACGGGAUGAGAAGUCGGGGGAAAGGGGCGAGAGCGGUCCUCAGCAUCGGGAGACAUGUGGACAAAACAAGCCAACGCAGCAACAUAUACAUGAUGAUCUGCACGGCCAAAGACAGAGCAGGCUCAAAGUACAAGCUGAAAGACAACAUAGAGAAGUUCUUCACGUGGUUUGUGGAGGAAGGCAAGGCCACCGUCAGAUUAAAGGAACCUGCGGUUGACGUUUGUUUAAGCAAGGCUGACGCUAACAGCUUGAAAAACUUCCUCUCGGCCGCUCGCCUCGCGGACAGAGGAAGCGACGCGAGCAGCCUCCCCCUCUCCACUCUCACCCCUGUGCGCGCGAGGGACGUGGAGCAACCCAAGAAGAAGAUGACCAUCGUCUCCAAGAAGGACUAUCCGCUCACGUCCAACUUCCCCUACUCUCUGGAGCAGCUGCAGGUGUCCUACUGCAAACUGUCGCGUGUGGACAUGCGGAUGUUGUCCCUUAAAGCCCUCCGCAAGCUCGACCUCAGCAACAACCACAUCAAGCAGCUCCCCGCCACCAUCGGUGACCUCGGCUGUCUCUCCGAGCUCGUCCUCCACAACAACCACCUGGAGACGUUCAGCGACGCGCUGUGCCUGUCCACCCUGCAGCGCACCCUCCAGCUGCUGGACCUCAGCCAGAAUCGACUCAAGUAUUUCCCGCCACAUUUCUGCCAGCUCAGGGAGCUGGUCAACCUGAAACUGGACGACAACGCGCUCGUCUGCUUGCCGUCGCACGCCGGCCGACUCCAGAAGCUGAGGUUCCUGUCGGCGGCGCACAACCAGCUCACCGUGCUGCCCGGUGACUUCCGCAAGCUGAGCCUGGAGAACCUAGACCUGUUUGGAAACCCCUUCAUCCAGGCCAAUCCUCUGGACCAUGAGAUGCAGCUGACGUUUCCCCUUUCACUUCAAGAGAUGGCGUCCAGAGUUGUGGCCAACCUCAGGAUACCGUACGGACCUCACCUCGUCUCGGCCCACUUAUGUCGGGACCUCGACCGAGCCAAGACGUGCGACUGCGGCUGCGUCUGCGUCAACUUCUUCAUCAAGACGGCGGUCAGCAUGAACCUGCACCAGGUGUCGCACACCGUCGUCCUGGUGGACGACAUGGGAGGCACGGACGCGCCGGUGCAGCGCUUCUUCUGCUCCCUCUCCUGCUACUCUGAGUUUCUGGACAACUCCCUCCAGAGGGGAAUCAGAUGAGCAGGAACAAAACGAAGCUUUUGUUGGAAAAAAAAAAAAUGGGGUGCAGUGGUAUUGACUUUAAAUAUCAACGUUGACUCCGUUAUAAGUUUCGAGCAGCUCGUUUUACACUCCCCUUCAACUUGUGACGCACUUAACACGUGGUGGGCAACAACACUUAUGCCGCUUUUUCCACUACAUAGUACGGGCCAUGUCGAGUUGAGUCGAGCCGUGCUGGGACCAUGUCGUGGAAAAGUGUCUCCCUGCCUCUACGAGUAAAACACAAACAUUAGACUCCGUUAAACUGAGCUAGUUUUUAUUCACGUACAACCUACUGUGUGAAAAUGUCAAUAAAAUAUAAAAGCAUU